CUAAACGUAUGGAAGUGUAUGGAAAUCAAUGAUGUCAUAUACGUGUGGCACCACUCGGAUGGGGGUGAACCCGAUUGGGAGCCCGACCUCAUUGAAAACGUGCAAAACAAAAAGUGGGUCUGUCUUAACCGCACCGAAUACAUACUCGACUGUCACAUACAGGUGCGCUCACACAUCACCACCCAACCCAACCCCUCUUACUAUCUCUCAGAAAUUGAGGAAAACUGGACCGAUUUGGCUCACUUCGAGACACUGCACACACCGCUGUACUACCCGUUCAACAAAUUGAGCUGGCUACAAACAUGGCUGCAACGGUGCGCCUCGUUUGGCAUUCGUACCAAUUGGACCUCAAUCAACGACCCGAAGCCGCACAACGCCAUGGCCUCCAUCGACGCGCUCACCUUUAUAUUUGGCCACCAGACUGUGCCCAUGAACUUCCGGUUCCGACAGGUGGGUCCGGCAACUCUGGUCAUCACAUACGAUACGGACAGUAUGGGCGGUCUGUCCGGUUGUCUCGUACAGUAUGUGAACCCUAUUGAGCCAAACAAAGUGCGGUUUAUAUUGAGAAACUAUUGCGAGCGCCGAUUCGGGGCCCGACUAUUUGCUAAAGUACUCAACUUUUUUGAGAUCUUUAUGAGUUUGGUUGAGGUUGUAGUUCAUGGUGAAGUUCAGCCAGAAUCUCAAUUUGAGAUAAGCCGUAAAGAGAUGAAUGUGCUCGUUGAAAUUGAGAGGGAUAUGAUUGUGUGGAAUAACAAGAAGUUUGUAAAGAACGCCAAAUACACUAAACUCGAUAAACCCAUCUCACAAUUCCGGCGCUGGUAUAGUCAGUUCUACGCCGAUAAAAAUUACAACGUGCUAGAUUGGUAA